AAAUGAUACGCGGAUACAUUUAAAUUGGAAAACAGAAAAGCACCAUUGAGAGUUAGUAUGUAAACUGACGGAGAUACAAACACACGUACUUUGAUAUUUUUACUAACAAAUAUCGUAAAUAAUAUGUUGCACAAUUAUUAAAUAGUGUGAUAAAAUAAAAAAUAAUAGUCUCCAAAUUUUGUUACUUAAGUUUUGGAUUGCUACAAACGUUGUUACUGGAUUAAAUAAUUUCGUGAAUCUAUUCAACAUGAACUAUUUGGUGACAAUGUUCGUGGGGUACAUGUCGCUGCUGAAGGCAUCAGGUCAGCAGCAGGGCAACCUCAUCGAAAACCUGGGCGAGGGCAUACAGCAACAGAUCAGACCUUUAAAGCAACCUAUAGACGAAUCUAUUGCUUAUAUCGGCUCAGCUGGAUGUCCUCAUGUGAAGAAACUCCUAGGCGUGGCUUACGAGCAGCUGGAAGGCGUCAAGGAACCGGAUCUCAAUUCACUCUCCUUAUUCUUCAAAACCAGGAUCAGCAGUAGAGUGUACAAUAUUAGCGUGGCCGCGGAGGCCAUCACCCGCGCGCGCGCCUUCGACCCUCAGAGAAAACUCAUCAUCUUCGUGCACGGCUUCAUUGAUGAUCCCACAAAAGAUAGCUUUAAGAAUAUCAGCGAAGCAUUCCUUAGAAGUGGUGAGACGAGUGUGAUAGCAUUAGAUGGCAGUCCUUUGAUCCGCUGGCUGUACUUGCGUGCUACCACAUACGUGCGCUUUAUGGGCCGCAAGCUGGGUGAAGUUCUCGCGGCAAUGGUCAACGGUGGCACAGACCCUGCUUCAAUACACUUAAUAGGGCACAGCCUGGGCUCGCAUAUCAGCGGGUUUGCUGGAAAAACCCUUUUCAAGCUAACGGGACGAAAGCCCGGCCGCCUCACCGCCCUCGACCCCGCCGGACCUUGCUUCACAAACGUCGAGAAGGACCUUAGGGUCAAAGAUACGGACGCGGAUUAUGUCGACUGCAUACAUUCAGAUAGUGGGGUUUAUGGAAUGAAGGAACCUGUUGGCCACGCGGACUAUUUCCCCAACGGCGGGCACUCGCAGCCCGGCUGUUUGCUGCAGACGUGCAGCCACUCCCGCUCUUGGCUGUACUUCGCGGAGUCUCUGCUGGAAGUGGCCGCCUUCUCCGCGAGGAGGUGUGCCAGCUGGGAACACUUUAAGAGAGACCAGUGUGAUGACGAGAUCAGUAACAUGGGUAUAGACUCAAAGCCGAACACCAGGGGAAAGUUCUUCCUGCAGACAGGCUUCCUGUUCCCGUACGGGCGCGGGGACGAAGGCCUAAAGUACAGGGACCCUCCCAACCUUAUCCAGGCAGUCGCUGGCUCCAUACUGAAGGACGAAGACCAAGAUAAUGUGCAUUCAACCGCCAGUAUACUAAAAGACCAGGAUCCGAAGAAACUACUGGAGUCCGUCGCAAGCUCAUUAGAUCAGGACCCUAAAAAGCUACUGGAGUCUAUCGCGGGUUCGUUAGAUCAGGAUCCGACGAAACUACUGAAGUCUGUAGCGGGUUCUUUAGACCAGGAUCCGACGAAAAUACUAGAGUCUGUCGCUGAUUCAGUAAAAGACCAUCCAUCAAAGUUGCUGCAUUCGGUAGCUGGUGUUUUAGAAGACCAGAAUCCCUCGAAACUAUUUAAGUCCUUUACGGGUUCUGUGUUCGGAGGAUAACUAAAUUGUUUUGUGGUUAUAUGUGUUUUGUACAAAUCUGAAUUAAAUU